AUGACUGGGCGAGCGACUGGGCGCGUUGACUGGCCGGGCUACAUAGCGGUAGCGACGAGCUACAGCGGCGGCGGCGAGCUGUUGGUGGGCAGGCAAGCUGGGCUCGCCGCGGCGACGAGCGACGGCGAUUGGCUUGGCCAAGGCAGCGGCGACGGCGGCUUGGGGGGGAAAAGUUGGGGCGGUGGUGGCGAGAGAGGGAGAGCUGGGGCUGAGGCGGCAAGCCGACAGCGGUCGGGGCGGCACGGUGGUGUCGCAGGUGGCGGGGCGAGGCUGGACGAGCUGGUCGGCGGCUCGGCGAAGCCUGGCUGUGGCGGACGCGGCGGUGAGCUACUGCUGUGCGCAAACGGCCUCCGGUGGCUGUGUGUACGACGGCGUGAGGCGGACGGACGGCGGGCAGCGCGGCGUUCGGGCGAGCUGGCACACGGUCGGGCUGGCUAG